AAACAGGCCCCUAGAACAACAUGAGCUGAAGAAAUACAUGCUCAGAUUGAGAGACAACAAGGGCAAGUAAACACUAGCAUACACACAUACCCUGGAGACCUCUGCGCCUCCUUCUGAAAACAACGCCUACUGACACGCUCACAGGCAGCAAGAUCUUUAUGAAACAUUACAGCGAGACUCGUCUGACGAUCAACGCUGAGCAGCUUAUCCAGAGUGAAUAGCUUAAAGGUGGGGGUUUUGCAGCGGUUUGUUUAUCCUGACAAUGCGUCCACACGGGUCAAAAAGCGUAUUGGGAGUAGCAAUGUUGGUUCUGCUGGCAGGCUGUCAACAAUGUGUCUCAGCUGACAGUGAUACUUUGGCUCCACCAGAGGUCUCACAGCACAAUGGCACUCUGUAUGCAGCCUGCAAAAUGAGGCCCAGCACCUCACUACCUGAGGGUCUGCCCAAAGUGUACGGUCAGGCGCUGUUUAAGCAGGAUUAUCCUCAGGGAAAACUCAAAGUCCUUCUUCGGUUCAGUGGUUUCCCCAGAGAGGGUGAUGCAGAGCCCAGAGCGGUGCACAUCCAUCAGUACGGAGACCUGAGCCAGGGGUGUGACUCCACUGGCGGCCACUACAAUCCACAUGGUGUAAAUCACCCCUACCAUCCUGGAGACUUUGGUAACUUUGAGCCCCAGCAAGGAAAAAUCACUGCAGCGAUAGAAUCUGAGGCAACACUGUUUGGAGGGAUGUCUGCGAUUGGAAGAGCAGUGGUGCUCCAUGAAAAGAUAGAUGACUUGGGUCAAGGUGGAGACGCUGGGAGCCUUCUGCAUGGAAACGCAGGCCGGAGGCUUGGCUGCUGCAUUAUUGGGAUUUCCUCCCCCAAACUCUGGAAUAUGCACAGUAAGCUGUACAAUAGGCAGCUGACAAGAAAUUAGUCUUACAGUAGUGGCAUAUACUGCAGGUCAGCUUACUGAUUUACCCCUUUGUGUUCAUUGUGCUCCUUGAAUGAUACCAAGAAAAAUCAGUGACUCCCAACAAAUCCCCAUUCUCCAAACAUUCUGGUCUGGGCCAACUUAGUUAAUGUACUUACAGUUACUAAGAAUAAAAUAUAAUGAUUCAGAUGCUACAUAUUUUUAGCCAUUUAGUUUUGCUAGAGGUGCAUUUAGUUGGUCGGUCCACCACUUUGAUCCAGAUUAAAUACUUUUAUAACUACUGUAUAGGGCUGGGCGAUAUGGCCAAAAAUGUUAUCAUGAUAAACUGUUCCAUGUCUUUCGAUAUCGAUAAUUAUCACGAUAAGUAUCAAAUCGUUAUUUCUCUAAAGCUUAAAGGCUGAUUUUUGCUCC